UUGGACACGAGCAAAAGCUUAAACCACAUUCUCUCUACUCUUCCUCAUCAAAAGGAAUCUAGCCAGGAGUUUCAAAAUCUCUUCUUCUUUUUUUGCCAAAAAUGAGGCCUUCUUUACUCGUACUUGCAAUCUCUCUUCUGCUUUUAUCUUUUUGCCUUUCUGGGGCUCAAGGGAUUCGCUUUGAGAAAGGACUACUCUUCUCAUUUGGACACCAUAAAUCUCAAAAUAUGCAUGAAGAAAGAAGUAUUUCUUUGAUGAAAGAAGGAUCAGAUAUUGGAGAGGUUAUUCUCUGCAAAGAAGGGCAGUGCAGUAGUUCUAGUUCAUCAGGAAUGACUAGAAAACUUAUUACCACAACUACUACUUCUUCUUCUUCUACUACCACUGCAAAUAAGAAUGAGGGGAAUAAAGCUACCCCUACAACAAAGGGGAAAUCAUCAUCAAAUGGUGAUGGAGACACUGAAGGGGAGCAAGGAAAUUUUCCCACAAACUCACCACCAAGUUCCGAGCAGUAUGUGGACAUUACAGACAUUACAGAAAUGGACUAUUCUCCAGCAAAAAGAAAACCUCCAAUUCACAACUAAAGUAUAAUAAAAUGGGAACACAAGUCAGGAAAUGCUGCAGUUUUUUAGGCUUAGAUAUGAUUCUGUGCAUAGUUAAUUGAUAAUAUUCUUAAUUAUACUAUCAUCAUCUUUGAUGAUUGAGUGAUCGAUAUAUGAGCACCUUAGGCUUUGUAACCUAUUAUUAAUUUAUUAAUUAUAUGAUGAGAGUUUCUUGGAUUGAAUAUUGAUCGGAUGAGGUGUAAUGAAUGAAGUAG